GCGCCUGCGUACUAAGACUCCUGCCCACAGCUGCCGCAGGGAUCGGGAAGUGUCAAGCGAGAGCUGGGUUCCCCCGCCUUUGCUGUGACGACCGCUGACCCCAGACCUCCGAUCCAGGCCCGGGGCUAAUCGCCAUGACGAACGUUCCUCCCGGUCCUCGGAGGGGAGGGCAGCACCGUGGAGCGGCUGCUUUCCCCGGAGGAAGAGGAACCUCCUCCCAGCCGCACUUGUCCUCUUUAGCUCUGCAGGCUCUUUGGGUGGACCACGAAACCGCAGUGUACUCCUUGGAUGGGAUUCUGGUAUUUGGUUUGCUCUUUGUUUGUACCUGUGCCUACUUCAAGAAAGUACCUCGUCUCAAAACCUGGCUGCUAUCAGAGAAGAAGGGAGUUUGGGGUGUGUUUUACAAAGCUGCUGUGAUUGGAACCAGACUACAUGCUGCUGUGGCAAUUGCUUGUGUUGUAAUGGCCUUUUAUGUCUUGUUCAUAAAAUGAAUCCUACAGUAUCCAUCUCAUCAACUGCCAACCAAGGGGAUGAGGACGAAGAACCUGUUGGGGUCCUGGGUCCAGCAUAGGAGAGUUCAGCUAAAUCCAUCAAAGUCCUCAGGAUGACACCACAGCAUCUGCCCCUGCCUUAUGUAGGGAAAGCUCUUCAUGGUUAUGAACACUAUUUAUGCUUCAGGAGACUCCAAAAAGCCACUUCCUUUGGUCUGUGUGUAAAUCAGUUCUUGACAGAGCGAAUAUAAUGUUCAGACAAAUUAUAUUCUUCGGUGGAAAGAUUACAAACCUGCUUAAACCUAUUACCUGUUUUGUUCUUCAGCUCAUCGGGAUCUUUUCAAACUGAGGCUUCUUAGGGAAAGACAUGUGUUCAGACUUCUUUGAAGGAGAGAUACUUUUAAAGACUUUUUUCCCCACUGUUUCAUUUGGAUUUGACAGACUGGGGGAUGGGGGAGCUGGGUGAGGUACAGGAGUUAUACAAGUCAAGACAUAUUUUGGCUUUGGGAAUUUAUCUUUCAUAUGCCCAUGUGGGAAUAUAAGAGAGAUGCAUAAUCCUCACUGUCAGAAGAGAACAGAUGUAAUAGCAGUGCUGUGUAUUGGUAGCUUGCGAGUUUUGCCAAAAGACAUCUGGGCCUACAUAAGAUUUGGGAAUUAUCUGUGAUAAGACCAGAAAGCAGAAACCUAGACAAGAAAAUAUGUUUUACUCGUAUCCCCAAAGAUGACUUUACCCAGUCAUGGAGAAUGAAUCCACUGUUACUUUCCUAAAGACUUUUUGCAUUUUCUAAUUGACUGAGUGCUAAAUAUUAUCACUCAGUUCAUGAAAUACCAUUAGGGGGAUGAGAAAGUAUUAAAGAAAUAAUUGUCUUAAUAUAUUUGCUAUUAAGGUAGAAGAAAUAAGUAGUUCUGGUGUAUUAAUUCAUAUACUAGUAUAUUCUAGUAUAAGAAUUUAUUGUGAUAUUAGGUGGAAAUGUCAUGUUAUCUAAGAUACACUUUUUUCCCUUUUAAGUCUGGGUUGUUAAGGUAUAUAUAUUUUUUUCUAGGUGAUUAUACUUGUUUUCCUUGACCAACUCUUUAUCUUCAGGUUACAGUACUUUUCAGUUAUUGGAAAUUUUAUAAGAACCUGAGAAAUUAGAAUGAGAGAAGUUGUUGAGAUUCAAAAAGCAUGAUAGCACAGAUCAUAAAAUCCAUGAAUAAAAUGAGGGAAUAAUGUACUUGAGGCUAGUGGGCUUUUCCACACAGUAUGGUAACUCCUGCACAACUCAUGUUAGGUGAGUUAACAUUUGAAGGGAAGACCCCUGUGUGUGAAAGAAUCAGUUGUUGCACAUAUAAAACACGCAGUGUCUAUUUUAAAAAAUUGAUUUAAAAUUAAACUAUUGUAAAAGGCAAGCCCAGACAUAUUUCUACCUGACAAUUAAACUUUAGAGUAAAACUUUAAUUGUGCAUAUUUAUAUGGUUGACCCCUAUGUACCAGUAGCAUUUUUGACCCCAAAAGGGGAAAAAAACAAAAGCUGCUAUAAAGUGUUAAGUUCUAAAAUAAGCAAUUUAAUGCUUUGAGGGGUUCUAGAAGUAUAGAAAAUCAUCAACUAGUUGUCUGGGAGGUGAUGCAGUGGAUAAGGCUUUGGACUCUCAAGCAUGAGAUCCCAAGUUCAGUUCCCAGCACAUAUACCAGAGUGAUGUCUGGUUCUCUCUCUCCUGUCAUUUCUCAUGAAUAAAUAAAAUCUUUUAAUAAUAAAAAGUCAUCAACUAAACACUACAUGUCCAGUUGUCUCAGAGUUGAGGCUGUUCUCUUCAGCAAGUGAUCCACAGGGUAAAUUUCAAUGAUUCAUCUGUUUUCCAUUGUCAUUUCUGAGGAUGUUUUCAUAUAAGAGAAAGGAAACCCAAUAGACUGGGAAGGAAGAGUUAUACCUUGUGGGUGUGAGUUUGGGUCAAAGGGAAUGUCACUCCCUAGAAGCAUGUUUUGCACUUCUUAUAUUGUAGCUUUAUUAAUGCCUUUUGUUUCCUAAUAGGGCUAAUGCCUUUAAGCUUAGUGCUUAGGGCUGCUUAUUUUGAAUUAAUUCCAUUUCCCAGUUGUAGUUAUUGAGACUAAUUUUUUAUAGUCUCUUGGGUGGUCAUCUUAACCUAAACUCUUGAAUUAUCAAGUUUUUAGAGGUUUUCAUACCAGAAUGUACCAAAAUAUAGUGCACAGGAGGAAAAUUUACAGCAGGAAACAAAUGUACAUCUUAUUUGUUGUAAGCAGAUAAACAGGCUUUGUUAACUCAUUGAUUUGGUUGACGUGGAAGUGUAGGAAGUUAGUAUUCCUCUAAGGGAGCUUUUUAGGGGGAGAGGAGUGGGGACAGCAAUAUUGCCUCAUUUAAACUGGCAUCACCAUAAACCCUGUAUACCAAGGGGAAAUGAAGUCAGCUUUUUAUAGUUGAAACAAUUUUUUAUUCACUAUUGUCUGCACAGAUCCUUGAAAAUAAAAUUUCUUUCCCUA